AUGUCCCUCAAUGGUUCACUUCCUAACAACAAUAAUCCAGCACAUGUGGACAUGCAGCUGGCCUCCAGAGGCAGGAUGAUAAACAACAGUGAUCCACAGAACAACAAUCAUAGAAGAGAUAAUAGAGUCAAAGCUGAGGCCUCUUCAGGUCACUCGAACCCCAUCAAGGCUUCCAGGACCCACAACGAGCUUCACAAAGAACUGCUGCUGGCACACAAACGAGGGCUGGUGCUGAGCAGCAGGUCAGAGCUUCAGCAGGUGCUGGAGAGGAGGAAGAGGGUGCAGACAGGACAACAAGAGGAGGGACAUAGCAGAACUCCUCUGGAGGAUGAACUGCUCAGACGUCAGCAGAAACAACUUGAGAGGCAGAAUGACAAAGAGGAGAAGGUACGAGAGGAAGCUCAGUUGAUGGAGUUCGUCAGAGUCCGACAGAACCUGAGAAAGAUCCACUCAGUGAUCCAGAACAAGGCUGCAAACUCCUGA